UCUGUCUCCCAGCCUCCUUGUGUCACCUGUUCCCUGUUCCUCUGAUUACCUGCCCUAUUGUUUCCUGUCCACCUUUGUCUGUAUUUAAGUUUGCCUUCGUACUUUGUUCCACACGAUGUCGUUAUGUCUCUUCUAUGUCCUCGUGAGAUGUCUCUUGGAUUUUUGUCCUUGCACUGGAUUCUGUUAGGUUCUGUUUUCAAAUACCAUGUCAACUGGAUUAUCUUGUCACCCUGCACCUCGCCUUCAUGUGAGUGAACUCUUUAUAUUAAAGUUGGAGUUUUCUCCAGGUCUGACACGCCACAGCCAGUCUCCGGGUCUGACACGCCACAGCCAGUCUCCGGGUCUGACACGCCACAGCCAGUCUCCGGGUCUGACACGCCACAGCCAGUCUCCGGGUCUGACACGCCACAGCCAGUCUCCGGGUCUGACACGCCACAGCCAGUCUCCGGGUCUGACACGCCACAGCCAGUCUCCGGGUCUGACACGCCACAGCCAGUCUCCGGGUCUGACACGCCACAGCCAGUCUCCGGGUCUGACACGCCACAGCCAGUCUCCGGGUCUGACACGCCACAGCCAGUCUCCGGGUCUGACACGCCACAGCCAGUCUCCGGGUCUGACACGCCACAGCCAGUCUCCGGGUCUGACACGCCACAGCCAGUCUCCAGGUCUGACACGCCACAGCCAGUCUCCAGGUCUGACACGCCACAGCCAGUCUCCAGGUCUGACACGCCACAGCCAGUCUCCAGGUCUGACACGCCAGAGCCUGACACGGUUCCUGGAGGGUCAUCCACCCUGCUUGGCCGACCUCCAGAUCUCCCGCCUGGGCCCAAAUCUCCGCCAUGGUUUUGGCCACAUCACAGACCACAGAGGACUUCGUUUCGAGGGUUCGCCUGGCCUCGCUGCCGGCCUCCUGAUCGGCUGCAUCUUUGCCGGUGGCUCAUUAGUAGCCAGUUUUCUGGACCUUUGUUAUCUUUGCCACUGGCCUUCUGGACUUUCAUUUAGUUUUUUUUUUAUCUAUGGACUCAAGUUUUGCCCCAUAGAAAAUCCAAAAUUGCUUGCAUUCUUUUCCUGACAUAUUUUUAUAAGUUCCUUUCAUUACAGCUGUCAUUAAAUUCCUUUCCAAUUUAUACUGCUUUAUAUAAUAUAUAAAAUAUUAACACAAACUUUAAUUAAAAUAAAACAUUAAAUAGCAAAAAAACGUUUUUACCUUCACAUUGCUUUAUAUUAGAAACGAGGAUGAUGGUAAAUCAUACCUGCAAUUUUCUUAAGGAACAGAAAAUCACAUCCCAGCAUGGAGCAAAUUAGCAUAGUGUAUUGUCACAGUAAUGUUCCACAUCUGUGCUGCAGCUCACAUUUUAUGUCUAUAGCAUUAGUUCUGCACUCCUAUAAUGAUAAAAAUAUAAGAAUGUGUUGUGCAAAGCUACAAAUUGUGUAUACAGCUGUUUUUGAGUCGUGUUGAUUUUUGUUUACCCUUUUUCACAGCUCAGGCAAAGUAAAGACCAAAUAGUGUGACAUUAUAUCUGAGUGAAUGCACACUUUGGUAACCAAGCAGAUCUCCUAUGAGGAAGACAUUAUACAACGAGUGCACUCUGGACAGUUCGAUCCACUACUUGGUGCGUUAAUGUAAAAACAAAUAUUUACACAGGACAAAAAGUGUGAUUUGAUUGUCUGUGUUUUUUUAAUCCUUGCAGAGCUGUUCAAAAAGCCCAUAAAUUAGCCUUUGCUUUAAAAUACAGCCUCAACCUGACAAAUAAAUUUCAAUACAGUUUCUUUGAUUAGGUCAAUGCAAAGAGAAGAAGUCUAUUUUUCUGUCUACAGCUUGACAGAACUCACUGUGCAUCACUGUGUCAAUUAUUCAAUCUGUGUGAGCAUGCACAAACAACAAAGUAUUGUUUCAUCACAAAGGUUAGAGGGUGGAAAAUGAGAAGAAACAAACACAGAACUGCAAAUAUCCUACACAAGAAGCAGGAAAACAGGUAAAUAACUUUGCAUUCGUCUUAUCUAUGGCCCAGUCAAAGCGGCCUCAGAUACACAAACAUGAAAAAGGUAGAAGUUAUCUGGAAAAACAAGAAUCAAAAGUGACUUUUUUAAAACUGAGCCUUAAUCUGGGUAUCCCCUUUCAGCAUUUUUCUUUUUGCAUGACUUUCUUUCUCAACUGAGAAAAGAAAAACAUCACUUUGUUAAAAGUUUAAUACUUUCUGUUUUGCUCUUUAGUAGGUAUUUUAGGAACUACAUUUUGUUUAACCAAUCACCCCCCUUCACAUCCUUUCAUUUUGUCACCCUUCCCACUUAGUGUAAUUUAAAGAGCCUGGGUUUACUAAAGUAUCUUGCACAUAUAAUACCAUGACUUAAUGUUAAUGUGAAUGUGUUUGAACAGGUGUACUACCUUAAAGAAAGGAUAUUAAGACACCCUAAAGUAUCUCUAAAGAACUCUUGAUUAGGCAAAUUGCCACUUGUGAGUGAAUAACCAAGAGCACUUGCCAUUUGUUGGCUAUUAAUCUGUCUCAAGGAGACAUGUUUUUACACAAGAUGUAUUCUCACAGAUUAUUUAAGAAUUUUGUAUUUAUAGACUAAGUAUAGUGUAUUAUCAAAACAGGACACUUUUUACCACCAAAACUGUAUGUGUGACCAACAUUUAAGUCUGUAAGCCUGAGAAAAAAGAUUUGGCAGCCUCAAGUAAGCAUCAAACUAGUUUCAUGGUGUUUUUCUGUG